UAGCUCAGCUCUCUGACUCGGAGGGACGUGGAUGGAGCAAGUGCUCUCUUGUUGACACUUGUCCCUGCUCCUCUCAAGGAGGGCACAGGGAAUUAGCGUUGCAGGUGUGCACUGGGGAAAUUUACCAGGAUCAUGUGAAGUUGUAAAGGAAGAAACGUGAAUGGUGGAUACACAUGAAUUGAAGAGAGGAAGUAAUACAAUUUUCGUAAUAUGGUGAAGAUAGAAGAACACACGUGUAAAUGUGUCAUCAGGCUGCCGUUUGAUUUGAUGUCCAAUGUCAGCUACACUUGUGACGGUGCUGAGGGCUGAGAAUGUGAAAGGGCAACCCAGACUUUAUGUAAGGUUGGCUCCAGUGUGGAAGGAUGGCAGAUAUGCCCACUAUGGAUGAGGCAGAAGCCCUCCCGAUAGCCAUGAGCCGGGAGGUGUUUGAAGACCCGGAGGAUCCACGAUGCUUUGUGCUGGUGGACGGGCAGGCGGUGGGUGUGGUGCCAGGUGACACCACCAUGCAGGGACUCCUCACGGGACAGGAGGAUGCCCUGGGUGGGGUAGGCACAGCAGGGAAAGGUGUGAGGGUAAUGCAGUUUGGUGGUGAGAGGAACAGUAAUGUGAUGGAAGACAAAGACCUUGGAGGGAUGUUAGGAAUGAAGGAGGACAAAAUGGAUGUGACAGGAACAGUGGAAGUGGUGCAUGUGGAUUGUGACAAGACUCUGGAAGUUAUGCAUAUUGAUGCUGGAAAACAGGUGCAGGUGAUCCACAUUGAGGGUGGAGGCAAGCUUGACUUUAUUGGUGGUGACCAAGGAGACAAUGUCAAGGUUGUGGUUCCAUCCAGCACUCCCUCCAUCUCAUUCAGAGCAAGCAAGGGGCCACUAGGGCAGCAGGACACCCAGGCCCCCAUCAGAAGGGUCGUCACCACCACUCAGACUAGAAAUCCCAUUGCACCGACCCUUUGCUCCCUGAACCAGCCUGUGGCACAACCAAUCAUCGUGUCAACAGGGAAGAGCAGCCUUGCCCCCAGCCACACCUACUGCCGUCUGCCCCCUGUCACCUUCCCUCCUAUCGAGAAGUCACAGAACAUUACAGCACAUGGGAUUGGCUCUAAUAUUAUUAUCUCUGGUACCAAAGAGGUUCUUGGGGAUGCAGAGGAUACCCUUGAUAAUGCCAUCAUAAUAUCCUGGCCUACCAUACCUCCAGAGGAGAUUGAGAACACUGUAGGCACCCAGACAGAGCCCUGUGAGGAUUCGGGAUCUGGCCUCAAUCUCUUCUUUUGUACCUUCCAUUCCGAUGGCAGUGUAGAGACCUACUGUGAUUUCCCUGUGCACCACAACAAGGGUGUGUCCACGGAAGGCAGGGCUCAGUGUGCAGACAGGGGGAAGGUGGAUAAGCAUUACUUGAAGAAGGAGGAGGAUAGCAUUCUACUUACUGUGGAGGAGGAGGAGGAGGAAGAAGUAAAUGAGGAGAUGAGGCAAGCAAGAACAGGUAAAUAUCAGCGCUUCUCCCGUAGCGGCCGCAUCCUGAAGGGCAAAGGGCCACUGUUCAGGGCCGAGGCAGGGCUCUGUGAGGAGGACAUCAGGGGUGACCCAGACUUUGAGGUGCAUGAGGAGGAGGAAGAGGCAGGGGAGACUGUACCUCAGAGCCACUCCCACAGGAGAAAGAGGGGUAGGAAGCGGAAGAAGCGACCUCCGUCCCCCGACAACUUUGAGGAGGACCUGCAGCAGGCCACAGAGAAGACAGAGAAGGAAGAGCUAGAGGCAAAGCAGGAGCCAGCAGUGAAGGAGGAUGCUGAGGGAGAGAGUGAAGUGGCCCUUGAGAUCCUUCGGAAGAAAGGGUACGGGCUAAGGACCAAGCGGCGCCUCAAGAAGCUGACGGACAUGCACUACCUUCAGGAGCAGAUGGUGAGGAGGCAGCCCGACCACAGCCGGCUGUUCCCGUGCCGUGUGUGUGACCGCUCCUUCCCCACCUUCUUUCGGUUGCAGCGGCACGCCAAAGAGGAGCACGACCUCACAAACUUCUCCUUCCCGUGUGACGUGUGUGGGAUGGCAUUCACUCGACCCCACAAUCUGGAGCGGCACAAGGACACCAAGCAUGCCGCCGGACAGAAACGCUUUCCCUGUGAACACUGCGGCCGACGCUUUGCUCGCCAGGACGUGUUAUCAGUGCACGUGUCUAUGGUGCACUUGCGGCGAGCCGGUGGCCAGAAGGGUGCGGUGCCUCAUGCCGGGGCACACCACUGCACAGGCUGUGAUAACUUCUUCUCCCGGGAGCAGCGGCUACGUGAACACCGCAAAGGUGACUUCUCGUGUGGGGAGUGCGGCAUCACCUUUGAGUGCCGCACAGCCCUCCGCCUCCACCUCUACAAGAGUCACCCCACCACCUGCAGUGAAUGUGGCAAAGUGUGCAACAGCAAGCAGCAGAUGUACUUCCAUCGUCAGACACACGCUCCCAAGUUUGUGUGUAAGUUCUGUGACAAAGGCUUCAUGUGGAGAUCCCAGUAUGCAGUGCACUUGGCUACACACACGGGUGACCGGCCAGUGCCCUGUGACGUGUGUGGCAAGUCCUUCGCACACAAAGUGGCCGUCAGCAAGCACAAGUGGCAGGAACAUAAUGAGAACAAUAAGAAAUUCAAGUGUGAGCAGUGCGGCAAGUGUUUUGUAUAUCGGGGAAAGUUGGCAUCCCACAUGCGCAGCCACACCGGCGAGAAGCCCUUCACAUGCCAGGCCUGCAGCUCAACCUUCUCGCAGCGCUCAAACCUCAAUGCCCACAUCAAGAGUGUGCAUGGCGUGGUGGUCAAGUCGGUCAACAGUGAUGGCACGACACACACUGAGCUAGUCAAGUACAAGCGUCCCAAGAAGGCACCUCCUACACCCUCUGUGCCGCAGGCUACCGAUCCCACCACUGAGGUUGGGGCCACUGGCAUUCCUCAGGAGGUGGAGCUGCCCCCACCACCCUCUCAGCCACCUCAUAUAGACAUACAGGAUCAGGUGCACAUGUCUGAGUCUUCGUUAGAGACUGAGGCAGCUGUGUAUCAGAUUGUGUAUGCUUAUCCUCAGUGAGAAACACCUAUGGUUUACCUGUCUCUCUCUCCCUCAAUGGUACCUCUAACUGCAUCUCCCCUAACUGUUUGCAUAUGUGUUUCUGUUGGCUCCCACCUCACAUCAUCUCCAUUAGUGAUUCAUCUCAUCACACUCGACACAUUUAUUUCAGGUGUAAUGUGUUGCAUCUCCAAAAACAGUAGCCAAAGAUUUGUCCUCAAGGUUUAUGGUGGACUGAGUGGUGUCCCAUGGCUGUAGUGAAGUGGAAGUGACAGGUUGCUGCGUGUAAGGCAAGACUGCACAGUAAUCUGGCUUCCUUACUAAGCGGCUGUCUUUUCUUGUUUGUCAGUUUUUAACACUACCAGAGCCAGUAUGUGUGGUGCCUGAGUUUUAUCCUAUGUACAUGUUUAUUAUCCAUUAUAUAUAUGUGAUAAUUUUUCUGAGAAUAAUUUAGUGUUUAGAUUUAUUUGUGAUGCAUGGCCCUCACGUGAAGCAGUAACUUUUGUUGUCAUUAUGAUAAGUUCUCAUGAUUUCCAUUGUAUUUCAAAAUUAUAGUGGUGCUUCAGUUUAAUUAUUUGCAUAUAUUUGGCAGUGAUUCAAACUCUUCCUGUUUUGAGUUUUUUGUUUAUUUUUUCUUAUUUUCACACUUACCAUCUGUAAAUUUUAUGCCAGAAUCACUCAGCUUCUUAUGUUGUGACAUUAAGUUCAAAGCUCAAGUACCUUUUAUAAGUUGAAAUGUAAGUUUUUGUAUGUUACUUUAAUUUAAAGUUUUUGUCCUUUAUAUGUGUAUUAUGCAGUGGGUAAGUGAAGGGAGUGUGAAGAUGGGUAUGAUGAAAAGUGCCAUUACAAAUUCAUCAGCAGUGUGACAAGGAAAUCUGGCUGGUGAAGGCCUGUGCCAUCCAAGGGUGAGUGUGUGCUUGAAGUUCAAUGGACUCCACCAGUGUGUGGAGGCAUUGGAGUGUUGUAAUUGUUGUGCUGAUUGAUAUUGAUUUUUAUAAUGAAUCAUCUUCAGGUUACGUAUGAAGUGCUACAAUGUUUGUAGUUGAUUGUUUAUACCAGGACAGGGUUGUGUAAGACUGUCAUCAGGAUGGCCUGCAAGUGUGUGUGUGUCUAGAUUUACCUUCCAGUGCUGAGGCAGCCUGGUCUGGGAUGAGCACUCUGGAGGCAGGGAGGAUGCUGUAGACUAUUUCAUGAGGAAACCAUAGGUGCAUUUUGUAGUGACAUGGAGAAUGUAUUCUUAGAUAUUGUCAAGCUCCAUCCCUGAACUCUCUGGUGAAGACAUUAGUCCACAGAGGGGAGCAUUAUAUAAUUUAGGUGUGUGUGUGUGUGUGUGUGUGUUUAGAGAGAGUUGAAAGUAUUUAAUCAUAUGUACUCCACGUCAAUACAAAAGAUGCCUAAUGUGCCGAAGUAUUCAUAAUAGUAUAUAUAUGUUGAUAAUAUUUUUAUAUGUAAAUGUAAAUAAAAUUGUAAAAAAAGUCAAAA